CAUCCCGCCCGGGUCCCGGAAGACAUCCUCCACCCAAACCUCCACCUGCCCGCCCGGCCGCAUCGCGAUGAGCCGCUGGAGCACGGCGCCGUGUCGCCACGGCACCUGGUCACCGUGUACGUGGCGGUGGACGUGCGCAGGCUGAACGUCAGUGUCCUGCGGUGGUUUCGCGGCGGCGUGGCGGCGGCGCUGGGCGUUCCGGCCGCCCGGGUCCACAUCCAGCAUCUGAAUGAGAAGAAGAACGGCAUCGAGCUCUUCGUGUCGUCCGACCGGCCGGGCGCCGCGGAGCCCCGCCCCGCCGAGGACGUCAUCCGGUCGCUGAACGUCCGAGCGCUCCAUCGCAGCCUGGGCCACCUCGGCAUCACCGAGGUCUCCUCCGAGAAGAACGUCCUGCAGGGGGAGGCGAGGGACCACGUGUCCAGCCGGGAGGGCUUCUACGCCGUCGUCCUCUUCUUCACCGUCUUCAUCAUCGUCGUCACCUGCCUGAUGGUUUUGUUCCGACUGAAAGAGAAGGUUCAAGUUUCUGACCGACAGCACAAGGCCCCGCCCCCUGACCUCCGCCUGACCCCGACAAUAUGCUCAGACUCCGCCCACAAGCUGAAAGGCACCCAGGUGGUGUUGAUAGGAAGCAUGGUGCAGGCUCCGCCCCCUCCCGCCGUGGCCAUGUCUGCUCCCCAACAACAGCCAAUCACAGCCUGCCGAUACGCCGCGCCUCUCAGGUCCGCUCCGUCCCCCGCCCCCAAUCCCGUCAAGAGCUCUGACUCCGCCCCUCCGCCACCCAUCGCCCCGGUAACCGCCGGUAACGAGCUGAAGCCCUGCCCCUCCCCCUUCAGGAUGAAGCCUGCUGCAGGGCUGCAGGAACGGCGAGGCUCGAACGUCUCCCUGGUUCUGGACAUGUCGGCGCUCGGCGCCGUGGAGCCCCUCAGCGUUGCCGUGGUGACGCCGCGGGAGGCGGUGGCGCGGGAGUACCUGCUGUCGGCCGGCCGGAUGCUGACCGGCCAGGCGCUCCGCGACGUGGCGAAGAACACGCACAAGCUGCACGUGGAGUUCGCGGAAAUUCCGAUGAACUUCAUCGACCCCAAAGAGCUCGACAUCCCGAACCACGGGACGAAGAACAGAUACAAGACCAUCCUGCCCAAUCCUCACUCCAGAGUCGUCCUGAAGUCCAAGAGCUGCAACGACCUGCUGAGCUCCUACAUCAACGCCAACUACAUCCGGGGCUACCGGGGCGAGGACAGGGCCUUCAUCGCCACUCAGGGGCCCAUGGUCAACACGGUGAACGACUUCUGGUGGAUGGCCUGGCAGGAGGAGGCGCCCGUCAUCGUCAUGAUCACCAAGCUGAAGGAGAAGAACGAGAAGUGUGUCCUGUACUGGCCAGAGAGGCGGGGCAUCUACGGGCGGGUGGAGGUGUUGGUCAGCGCCGUCCGGGAGUGUGAGCACUACACCACCCGCAGCCUGACGCUCAAGUGCGGGAAUCAAACCCGCACGCUGCAGCACUACUGGUACACCUCGUGGCCCGACCACAAGACGCCCGACUCGGCGCUGCCGCUGCUGCAGCUGAUGGCCGACGUGGAGGCGGACCGCCGGGCGGCGCCCGCCGCGGGCCCGGUCGUCGUCCACUGCAGCGCCGGGAUCGGCCGGACGGGAUGCUUCAUCGCCACGACGAUCGGCUGCAGGCAGCUGAAGGAGGACGGCGGCGUGGACGUGCUGAGCAUCACCUGCCAGCUGAGAGCCGACAGAGGGGGGAUGAUUCAGACCUGCGAGCAGUACGAGUUCGUCCAUCACGCCCUGAGUCUCUACGAGGCCCGCCUCUCCGCAGAAUCCGGCCAAUGAGGAGCCGCCGCCGCCUGAAUCCUCGGAGGAAACCAGGAAGUGCAGGAAAGGUGCCAGCAGUGGAUCUGUGGGGAGUUUUUCGAAGCUCUGGGGUCCUGUGAGAUUUUUAUUUUGGAUUGACAUUUUUGUGGGCGGAGCCUGCAGGCAGAACAGGAAGUGGAUCGGUUUCUUCUUCUUGGAACGUGUGCAGGCGGCGUUUUCCUCCUGUGGAGCCAGACUGAGGCGACGGAGCGGGCGUGUUCGUCCUGUUUACUGCUUUUCUAGCGCGGCGUCGGGAGUCGACUGUUAGCUGGUUUCUCUCGCAGUGUUUGUGGCGCCGUGUUUCAUUCUGUGAGUCGCGUCAUUCCAACUCCAGUUUUAGAGGGCGGAGCCUGUUCUGCCCUUCAACUUUUGUUUUUUGGGAUUUUAACAAACAUCACAGCAGCUUGAAUUUCUACAAAAUGUCUUGGAAAUGAGAAAAAUAACCCAAAACUCUCCACUUGUUGAUUUGUUUCCCGGCUAAUGGGCCGCAUCUGUAAUGCUACUCUCUGAAUCUAACAAACUGAUGC